CUUUAUAUAGGAAUUAAUCUUCUCGUCACAGUGGGAGAGCUCGGAGGGAGGGGGUACAUUUAUCUCUCCUGCUGAGGUCUAGAGUUGCAUUGCUGUGAUUAUUGGUGGUAGCAGUGUGCGUGUGUCUGGGGAUCUGUGUUUAGCUUCUUCGUUUCUUAAACAGCACAGGGGCAGCAGCCAGGCAAGUUGGCAGCUUUGCUUUCUGGCUGCAUUGUGUCUGCUGCUAGAAAGAGGGAUUGUGAGUGGGGAGCAGCAUGGCAGAACAAGAAGCCAGUGGCUUGCAAGUCCUUCUCUCCACCCUCCAGAGCUCCUGUGACAAGGAUGUUUUGCUGAACAUUCUCAGCGUCCUCACUGACCUGCUCUCUCUGGGGACUGGACGGAGAAUUCAGUAUGUGAUCAGCAAAGGGGGCAGUGAGGCCCUGCUGCAGGCCCUCAUCUCUGCUGCCUGCACCGAGCCCCCCGACCACAGCAUCCUCCUGCCCCUGCUUCGUCUCCUGGCCAGGGUUGGCCAACGAGAUAGGAAGUUUGGGCUGAAAGUACAGAAGGCAGAAGCAACUGAUGUAAUCCUGAGUUUGACAAGACAAAAUCUGGGCCACCACCUGAACCUCACCCACUGCCUCUGGGUCCUGCGCGUUUGUGCUUCCAAUGUUACUGCAGGAACCACGCUUGGCAUCAAUGGAGCUAUGGAGCUGCUUUUCAAAGUCAUCACCCCCUACAGCAAGCGACACAUCAGGACAGUCAGGGCAGCCAUUGAGGCUCUGGCAGCUUUGCUGAAAUCAAAAUCUAACAGCCGACGGGCAGUGAACAGAGGCUACCUGGGUGGAUUGCUGAGACUCUAUCAAGACUGGCAUCAAAAUGACAUCUCCAACAACUACAUCUAUAUUCGUAGGGGUCUCCUGCUCUGCCUAAAGCACAUCACCAACAUCCAGCUGGGCAGGGAGACUUUCCUUGGUUCCCGAGGUAUGGAGAUUCUCUUCACGAGUGUGCAGGACUGUUUAUCUUGCAAAAAUCUGGAUCCUAUCGUAACCACUGUGACUCAGAUUCUAAGAAAGUGCUACCCCAAGGAGCCUCUGCCUGUGGUGUCAGUAAAAAGUUCCUAUUCCUUCCCUCUUCCUGGGAAUGUCAAGACCGAAUCUCCAUGUGUGGGAUUUGAAGAUGACUGUGAAAGUGAUGGAGAGGAAGAGGUAGAGAAAGACCUGGAUAAAAGCGACGUGGAGAGUAAGGAGGAAGAUUAUGACUUGGAGACAGAUGUUAACAAAUUGAGGUCAAGGCCAGUACCUGACCGGCCAGAGGAAGAGCUUGGACAAUAUGAAGCAAUGUGCCUAGAACUUUUCCAUAAUUUUCAGGAGCUUCAAUCAGAGUCUGAAGAAGACAAGAGCUUGGAGGACAGGACUGAAGAUCUUCCCUCCACUCCUUCUCGUUUCAUUCCAAGUGACAAUUCUGUGAAACAUCCAAACUACAGAUGGAGGAACCAAAGUGCCACAGAGGCAGGACCAGAUCCAGGAGAGAAGAAUUUCAAAGUUCCACUACAGAGCUGGACAAACAAAGAGAAAUGCAGACAGGAUAUAAUUGAUGAAGAGAGAGACAUAGAAGCAAUCCAAAAUACAGACUCCCGUGAAGAGGAAAAUCCAGCCAAGAGUCACGUGUUUACUCUGCGCCCUCUCCCAAAAGAGACUGCUUGGUACAAAAAAACACUUAACCCUGAAAGUGAGGCUUCAACUGAUUCUAGUCCAGGAGAGAUACUCGAGACCUUAGACACAGUGACAAACCUGCUGGAGGAGCACCAAGAGAAUAUCCCAUUCCAUAACCCUCACUUCUAUGUAGCCAGGGCAAAAUGUAUCAAGUCCAUACCAGCCUACAAAGACUUGGCAUUCCCUGAUUUCUGGGGUCACCAGCCACCGCCCUGUGGCAAACCCAUGUUGGAGCGACAGUAUGGGGUUCAAAGGGACAAAGUACUGGAUGAUGUUCGCCGCUUAAUCCAGCCAUGUGAUGUGAUAGGCAGAACUGUUUAUGAUCUAGAUGAGCCCAGUCACUCAAGCCCAGGUGCUCCAGGCUGUCUGACAUUCUUCUCCAAGUUUGAAUCAGGAAACCUUCGCAAAGCCAUCCAAGUGCGUGAGUUUGAAUAUGACUUAAUUAUGAAUGCAGAUGUGAACAGCAACCAGCAUCACCAGUGGUUCUACUUUGAAGUCCGUGACAUGAAAUUAGCAGUUCCCUAUCGCUUCAACAUUAUCAACUGUGAGAAGUUCAACAGCCAGUUUAAUUAUGGAAUGCAGCUUGUUAUGUAUUCGGUGAAGGAAGCUCUCCUUGGCAGGCCUCGCUGGCUUCGAGCAGGGCAUGAUAUCAGCUACUACAAAAACCACUACCGCUGCAGCACAGCUGCAGGAGGAGGCAUGAGAGGAAAAUAUUACUACACACUCACUUUCAGCAUUAAGUUCCCUCACAAAGAUGAUGUCUGCUACCUGGCCUACCAUUAUCCCUACACCUACUCCACAAUGAUGGCUCAUCUUGACAUUCUGGAACAAAAUAGGAACCCCAAGAAGGUUUACUGGAGGAAGCAGACGCUCUGCCAGACGCUAGGAGGAAAUCCAUGCCCAUUGCUCACAAUCACUGCCAUGCCAGAGUCUAAAAAAAGCGAUGACUUGGAACAGUUCCACAGUCGUCCAUAUGUCUUUCUAAUGGCCCGUGUUCACCCUGGAGAAAGCAAUGCUAGCUGGGUUAUGAAAGGGACCCUAGAAUUCCUUGUGAGCAACGAUCCCAUUGCUGAUCUCCUGAGGAAAUGUUUCAUUUUCAAGAUUGUCCCCAUGCUCAAUCCUGAUGGAGUCAUCAAUGGCAACCAUCGUUGUUCCUUGAGCGGGGAUGAUCUGAACAGACAGUGGUUGAAGCCCAGUUCCCAGCUUCAUCCAACUAUUUACCACACCAAAGGUCUUCUGUACUAUCUGCGCAGCAUUGGCCGGGCUCCUCUGGUAUUCUGUGACUACCAUGGCCACUCUCAGAAAAAGAACGUGUUUCUCUAUGGUUGCAGUAUCAAGGAGACCUUGUGGCAAGCAGGCUGCACGGUUGACACAGCAGUCAUCACAGAAGAUGUUGGCUACAGGACUCUUCCUAAAAUCCUGGAUAAAGUGGCCCCUGCGUUUGUCAUGAACAGCUGCAGCUUCCUGGUAGAGAAGUCCCGGGAGUCAACGGCGCGGGUCGUGGUGUGGCAGGAAAUGGGUGUGUUGAGGAGCUACACCAUGGAGAGCACGUACUGCGGCUGCAGCCACGGUCUCUACAAAGGCCUGCAGCUGGGAACUCAAGAGUUGGAGGAGAUGGGAAGCAAGUUUUGCCUUGCUCUGCUCAUUCUGCAUCUCAAAUCCUUGCCCUGCAGCAAGAAGGUGAUGGACCAGGCAGCGCUCCUGCUGGAUCUGGAUGAGGAGAUAACAGACCGAGCACAAAGGAUGAUCCCCAAAGCCAAGCUGAACACUAAUGUAUUCCAAAACUGGAAGCAAUCAUGCCUCAAGAAACAGCUAAUACCAACAGAGCAAAAACAACUGGGAGAGAUCGUACAGCUAAAACCGUAUUUAAAAAAUUAGCGCUUGCUAUAAGGUGAUUUGUUUCAUUAUUGAAAUGUUGGGUGUUUUCCUACUACCUAUGAACGUGAAGCAGAGCUGCGGUGUGACUGGCCAGAGGCCACAGCAAUUUUCUACCUCGCAGCCCUGAAUGGCAGCUUCUGGUCCCAGGCCUCCAAAGAGCUCUGCUCUGUUCUUUUUCUCCUCAGUAUGGACUUGCAUAUUUCCAGCCAUCCUCAUCAUAGCUAUUUCAUGCGGUUCAGCUAAUGCUUCCAAGUCUCUGAUUUAUAUCCGUUUUCCCCAGUUCUGCCCCUCCAGCGAUUCUCAGUUCUACUAAAUCCUGCCCUGUGACAUUGCCAGUUCUUUCAGUCAUGAAAACUCCUUUGGGUGAAGAAAGCGAACACGCAGGUCUGAGGCAAACAAAAACCCAAAUGGGAAUAUCCCGAGAUUGGCAAACUUAUUCCCUCUAUGACUCCAAAGGUGAAAGGGAGAUGCAUUAGCCUGCCGUGCCACCUGGCCUCUGCUGUGAAUCAGAUGGUGCUGUAAUGACAUGUAAUAUGCACGUGCCUCAGAGCUGGGAGAGCAGUGCAGGGACAAGGGGCAGUCUCCAAAAGGAACAAUGCCAUUCCUUUCCUCCCUUACGCCUUAUGUCUUCAUGUGCCAGAAGCUGCUUAUCCCCCAGGCAUCUUGACUUGCCUGCUUCAAUAAAUAAAAAAUGUGCCAGGCAGUUACAACGGUGCUAAUUGCUGAUAGCUCUCUAUUGAUCCAUCCAUUUGGCGGCUCUGAUUACAGAGUGAUACUUCCAUCUAAUCACAGCUGUGGCAGCCAGAAAAAAGAGCCUGGGCUCAUAGCUUUGAAACGGUACGGUGUUCUCGAGCUUUCCAGCCAUUCUUCUGAACGAGCGCUUUAGUGCAUGAAAAGAGAAUUUUCUGCUGCGUUGUCAGGUGUGGCUUCUUGGAAAGAAAUGAUGCUUUAGUGAAACUCUGCAGGUCUGAGCAGCAUGCAGAGCAGAAACAGUGAGCUUGGAGAUACCGAUGGCAGUCCCACCUGGGUGAAGCCUUCCAGGAGCUGGUUAUCAGACGUGGACUGGAACUGUGGACCUUCCUGCCCUGCCGCUUAGACAGUCCUCGUGCAGUGAGCUGGCUGAUCAGCUAGACACCACCUGAUCUUGCAAAAGACUGGGAGAUCUUUGAAGGGCUCUACAGCCAGCACAUUGCAGCUACUUGUAGCUGCGUAGCAGGGAAGCUCAUACCUUACUGCAGCAGAAGCUGCUGUAGCAGCUGAAAUGGAAGGAAACGCACUACAUUAUUUUGAAGGUGUCCCGAUGAAUUAUGGAUAUUAAAAGUGACUCUUUGGCUCAGGUAUAUUUGACUGCUUGGGCACUGUCUGACAUUCAAACUGUGCACAAAUGUUCCCUUACUGUUCUCUUCCUGUUGCUUUUCUCCACAGCACUGAUAGGUCCCUUGGUUGCUGUUGGCCUAAGGUCUGAACAAAGAUGUUCUCAUUUCAAACACAGAUAGAUUAUGUUUUGCCCCAGGGGCCUGGAAUACAUAACUAGAGCUGGUUGACAUUAGCUGAAUGGGAAAAAUUGUAUCAGAAAAUGGCCUUUUUAGAAAAUGAAUGUUUUUGUUAAGCUGGAAAAGAUUCUUUGCUUCCUCCUCUCCCCCCAUCCCCCCCCCCCAAAAAAGUUAUUUUUUUGUUUGUUUGUUUUGCAGAUAUUUUAAGCAAUUCAUCUCAUUCAUUUAUUGUCUUGUAUUUUUUGGUUGUUUCUACACGUGUCCUUGGAAAUCCGUCUGUGAUUGGGGUUAUUUUCCUUUGUCCACAUGUUCUAUCACUGGACACUUAUUUUUUCCUCCUGCGUGUAUAAGACCAUGUUGCCAUUGUACUUCUUUCUCUUUUGCCCUUUUUCCUGGCAUGAGAGCUCUCCCUUUUUUUUUCCUUUCUGAUUAUUUAACACUUCAAUCCUUUCAUAUUGGCUUGGUAGACAGCUGCUGUAUUUUUUCUUUCCGCCUUUGUGUUCAGCCGUUGUAUUUCACUUGGCUUUGUGUCACACCUUCAGCCAUUUGCCACACCUUUGUACUUCUGCUUCUUUGAGUCGCUUUCCAUUUGGAGUGUUUGAUUGUGGUCAACAUUCUGUUUUUCUUCGAACAUUAAACUCCCUGAAGCAUCAAAUGUAUUUUUAAAUCUGUGAAGAAAAAAGCAAUUAAGAUCCUGUAGGAAAACAAACAAGCAACAACACAAACAGCAUCAAAAUGACAAUUAUGACAAUUUACAAUUACAUUUUAGAUACUUGUGGCUAUUGACUGUAGACUGUCCUGAGAGAUAAAACUUGACCGAGAAAAAUAAAAGGGAAAGACUGAAUGAAUAGAAUUGUCUAAAAUCUCUGAAGAAAAUUGAGAUUUUUUUUUUCCUCUUGAUUGAUAAAGGAUCUUCACAUGCUUAAACUGUAUUUGACUUAAUGAGACACAUUCAGAAGUGACUCUAACUGAAUUUAAUGAGUUCAGGUCUGUUAAUUUCACUGGCUUUCUCAACACAUUAGUGGGAUGUAUUUUAGAAUCAGGUUCUCUCCCACUUGUUUCCCUGUCGCUCACACCUACU